CCGGUAGGAAACUUGCCCAAUUACAGGGCCCGGUAGGAAACUUGCCCACUGUGUUAUGAAUUUUCAAAUGCUGUAAGAAGUCACUUUGUAAGUUUCUUCUUUGCUUCUUCCACUGAUUGGUCGCUGAAAUGGAGGUCAGCAAGAAAUUUACCGACCAAAGUAGAUGUCGGGAAAUGGCAAUUACGUCGUCGUUUUGCCGCAGGAUAUACUCGGAGGUAGAAGAGGUUGGAUGGGAGCAUCUAGUGAAAUUAGGGGAUGAUCUACUGUUUCUUAGCUUUCGUGUCAUGGAUGAUAAAGGAAGGGUGCAUAUUCUGGAGAUAACUCUCGAUAACAACUACCCAAGGUCUCCACCUUCGGUAUCAGCGGAUGUGCCUUGGAACUUGAAUCUAGAAUGGUCGUCAAACUCAAAGUUAAGAGAUGUUCUACAGCAGUUUCAAAGGCAAGUUCAUAUGCUCCAGGAAUUUUGGUCAACUUUGGACGACAUUGACCGGUCUCUUUGGGUAAUCGAUCCAACACAUACACAUCUUGCAAUGCCGUACCGCCAAAUCAAGAUUGGACACGAUUGUUGUGCCAUACUGUCGAUAAAUGUCAACGAUCCUUUAUCCCUGCCCGAGUGUCGUUUCCUAGGUUCAGACACCGAAGUCAACUCUCUUAGAAAUAUUUGGAAGCGAAAUAGUAAAAAAUGGAAGAAAGACAAAUCAUUUUCCGAAAAUCUUGCUUGCGUUUUCGAGACUCAGUUACCACAACCUCCACAUGCCCGACAAAACGAGGAGCAUGCUGAAUGCGGCAUUUGUUUUGCUCAAUAUCUUCCCACAGAUGAUGAAUUUGGUGCUAAGAGUGGAAGUGCAACUGAUUGUACGUGUGAAAACAGAAACUGUAAGCCAGAGUUCCACAGUGUUUGUCUCGUCAAAUGGCUCCGUUCUAUUGCAACAACUAGGCAGUCGUUUGAUGUGCUAUUCGGAAAUUGCCCUUACUGUUCGGAUCCAAUUGCAGUCAAAAUCAGCACCAACAAGUAUUAGUAGUAACAUCUUAUCGCAUUACAAUUUACGGCAUCGAUAGAAAUGUUUUAUACACCUCACAAUUUUUUACCCUCGUUUCGAGACAAUAACAAAGGGUUUCCUAUUACUAUGCAAAUAGCACAAUGAGGAUUUUAUUACAUCGGUAAAACCGAAAUUCUUGAUCGUCGUAUGUAGUUAUCUGCUCAAUAAUUAUUGUAGGACCUUUGAUCUUGCGAAUUGGAGGUUAAUAUGAAGCUGUAUUUGAAGCAAAUUACUUAAUGUAGUAGAUUCAAGUGGGCUCUGUUUUCUUGUCUGCCCUGUCUGAA